AUGCCUCAUGCUGGAGCAAUGGCUAUCCUUGGACGGAAGGCUUCUCGUGCCAGGAGCCAGACAGGUCCUGCUGUAGCAUCCUGGCAGUACGUAGAAGAGCUGCAAGUCGAGUCCGACCUUGGCGUGCUUGGCAGCGGGGCCACCAGUGGCGAUGAUCUGGCUUUGCCUGUCGUGCCUCCGGCAAUCGCACACCUUUCGAACAGGCGAGGCGGCGUUUCAGCUGAGCCCGCGGGUGCCAACAAUGUUCGUUGGGCCGAGUGGACCGCACCUUUCUACAGAAAGUCGGAGGAACAUCGCAUCAAGCUUCUUUGUGCAGUGAGGACCUGUCCCAUUUUCCAGGGUGUGGAGGAGCGAGACUUGCACACCAUAGUGGAUGCCAUCGAGGUCGUUAGCUUCCAGCCUCGCGAUACCAUCUACACCAAAGGUGAGUAUGGUAGAAGUGGCUUCGUCCUCAUCUCGGGGCAAGUCAUAGCUGAAGCGGAGGACGUUGAUCAGAGCGACAACAUUUUCAGGAGAUCAAAGAGCAGAUGGGUGACGUUCGAAGAGGGGCAGUUCUUCGGAGAACACACGAUGCUGUGGGGCUUCACACGACGGGUGACAAUGACAACGUCAGAGGGCUGUGUUGUCGGCAAGCUCCGGCGGGAUGCGUACUUCAACAUCGUCACUCGCUCUGCGAUGCGCACGAGAUCUCUGAAGGAGAAGUAUUUAAGACAAGCUCCCAGCUUGAAAUAUGCACAAGUUCUAAGUGAUCCCUAUGGACUUGGGGUCUUGGGGUGGGGUGUCGGGGGGGGGGGGGGGGGGGGGGGGGGGGGGGGAGAGUUGUUCUACUGUUGUGUCACACAACAAAAAAGUCCACAGGCCAAAGGUGGAGUAGGGUCAAGAGUCCUUCAGUUCCAGUCUUACGGUCUUUCCGCUGUACACGCGCAAGCCUCUUGGUGUUCGUGCGACAUGUGCAUGAGUUUGAGGCUGUUGUUGACUUGGUCAAACGAGCAAGCUGUGCCCGCCCGACUGGUGCCUCACUGCCAUGCGGAAUGCGAGUAG